UCCGCUUCGCCACCGACCACCAUCCACGCGGGCAGGCCGGGGAGCGGCGACGACGCGGCGCGGCGCGGCCCGGCGGCGACCGCGGCGGCCCCCGCUUCCUCUUCCUCCUCCUCCCCCUCCUCGUCUCGCUAGCUCCUCAUCAUUGGCCAUGAUGCCGCAAUCGCAGAAGUGCUCGUGUGCCAACCACAAUUGCUUCCAUGAGGGUUGUGCUUGUUUCACAAAGGAAGGGGUCUGCUCUAAGGACUGCAAGUGUCGUGGUAAGUGCGAGAACAUCUUGGAUAAUGAAGACACGAUCGCAGAGAAAUUUGCUGAACACACCAAGAACAAAGCUCCUGCCGCUCAAACGCUUCACUCGGGCUCUGUUGUGGCGGUCCUCGCGCCGGAUACCAGGGCUAAGCCAUUCCCAGCACGAAAACCAGGGUCUAGGCCACUGUGCAGCUGUCCCACCUCCCAGUGCGAAAACGGGAACUGCAGAUGUGUCAGGGCUGUCUUGCCUUGCUGUGACCGUUGCAAGUGCAAGGACUGCAGAAAUCGGGGGAAGCUCCAGGAUCUAUUCCCGGGCAGCGGGAUCAAGGAAGAGGUUCCUGCUUCAGGUCCGACCAUGACGACUCGUGGGGCGGCGCAGGCUGCCAAGGAGUCCACCGCUGGGUGUAAAUGCCAAACCGAAUGCGCCAGUCGCUGCGGUUGCGUGAGGCGUAAAAUCAAGUGCACCUCCAAAUGCAAGUGCCAAGUGUGCGGCAAUGACGACGGGAGCAGAUUUCACAAUAAGUCCAAGGCUGGAGCAGGGGGUCAAGGGAGUACUCGCAGGAGCAGCAGCGCCGUCGAAUCGACAGGCAAACGGCCAAAACGCGUUUGAUGACAGCAGGCUUCAGACAUAGCAGAGCAUGAUGCAAGUCACCUUACAUACUUACCAUCCUCAAGACAUACCAGAGCAUGAUGCAAGUCACCUUACCUACUUACCAUCCUCAAGUCACCUCCUGUUGAGAUAUCUCCCACUGUAAAGCACAGCCAGGUUCCUGUAGAUUCCUUGUAAUGGUUGGUUACUCGAAGCAAGCACGGCGAAAACUCCAUGAUCUGCGAUGUCGUUAGCCUCAGAACGUGGUGUUGAUCAGACGGAUAGAUACUUGAGAACAUACAUAUACAUACUCAUGUAGGAAUAUCAGUCGGCGUCUAUACAUACCGCGUGCCUGGAAAGGGUUGGUUCA